CUGCUUUGGGGUGGACAGCGGCCAGGUUGCCGCUUCCAGCUCGGUGCCACGCCCCGGCCGGUGCUGCGGGAUCCUCAGCCAUGCUGUUCUGGCAUACGCAGCCCGAACACUACAACCAGCACAACUCUGGCAGCUACUUGCGUGAUGUGCUGGCUCUGCCCAUCUUCAAACAGGAGGAGCCACAGCUGUCUCCUGAGAACGGGGCCCGCCUGCCGCCCCUACAGUAUGUGCUGUGUGCCGCCACCUCUCCAGCGGUGAAGCUACAUGAAGAGACCCUGACAUACCUCAAUCAAGGUCAGUCAUAUGAAAUCCGACUGCUGGAGAAUCGGAAGCUAGGGGACUUCCAAGAUCUGAACACAAAAUACGUGAAGAGCAUUAUCCGUGUUGUUUUCCACGACCGCCGGCUGCAGUACACAGAGUACCAGCAGUUGGAGGGUUGGCGGUGGAGCCGGCCCGGGGACCGCAUCUUAGACAUUGAUAUUCCACUGUCUGUUGGUAUCUUGGACCCCAGGGCCAGCCCAACCCAACUGAAUGCUGUAGAGUUUUUAUGGGAUCCUGCAAAGAGAGCAUCUGCAUUCAUUCAGGUGCACUGUAUCAGCACGGAAUUCACCCCCAGGAAGCACGGGGGUGAGAAAGGAGUGCCUUUUCGGGUGCAGAUUGACACGUUUAAGCAGAACGAGAAUGGAGAAUACACGGAGCAUCUACACUCUGCCAGCUGCCAGAUCAAGGUGUUCAAGCCCAAGGGAGCUGAUCGGAAACAGAAGACUGACCGGGAAAAGAUGGAAAAAAGGACAGCUCAGGAGAAGGAGAAGUACCAGCCAUCCUAUGAAACCACCAUCCUCACUGAGUGUUCUCCAUGGCCUGAUGUACCAUACCAGGCCAACAGUACUCCAUCCCCAAGCUACAACGGCUCUCCUAGCAGCUUUGGCCUCCGUGAAGGUAACAGCUCACCUAAUCACCCGGUGGAGCCCUUACCGCUGGGCAGCGAUCACCUGCUCCCAUCAGCCUCUAUCCAGGAUGCCCAGCAGUGGCUGCACCGCAACCGCUUCUCACAGUUCUGCUGGCUCUUCGCCAGCUUCUCGGGUGCUGACCUGCUGAAGAUGUCCAGAGAUGAUUUGGUCCAGGUCUGUGGCCCCGCAGACGGGAUUCGGCUCUUUAAUGCCAUCAAGGGCAGGAAUGUGAGGCCAAAGAUGACCAUCUAUGUCUGUCAGGAGCUGGAGCAGAACCAACUACCCCUGCCACAGAAGCACGAUGACAAUGGGGACAAUAGCCUGUGUGUAUACCAUGCUAUCUUCCUGGAAGAACUAACUACCCUGGAGCUGACUGAGAAGAUUGCUAGCCUGUACAGCAUCCCCCCACAGCACAUCCACCGGGUCUAUCGACAGGGUCCUGCUGGCAUCCACGUGGUGGUAAGCAAUGAGAUGGUUCAGAAUUUCCAAGAUGAGUCUUGUUUUAUCCUCAGCACGUUAAAAGCAGAAAGCAAUGAUGGCUACCACAUCAUCCUGAAGUGUGGACUCUGAGCAGGAGCACCCAUGCCUG